AUGAUUCAUCGAAUCGCGGCAGAAGACUUGAUUCUUCAGAGAAGUGCUAGUCAGCUGGACGACAGUUGUUCGAUAGCCAGCUCUUUUACUCUUCAAGACCGCGUGGAGGCAAUCCAGCAAUCCAGUGAGGAAUUUCACGAAAUGGUAGGUUGAAGAACCAUUGCACUUUCUCCGAAAUUCUCUUAUGUUAUAAACCUAUGAAGGAAGGAUGGAAUUCUUUUUAGUGUCUCGUACAUUAACUAAUGAAUUUCCUCAAAAUGGUUUUGGUUACGUAAUCCCCUUACUUCCACUAAGGAGUCAAUUUUUUGAUGAAAGAGGAACCAGUUUCAAAAUCUUAACUUUGAAUCCAGACGGGUUGAGCUGCUCCUUUUACGUUCGUUUUUUUCCGAAAAGUACAAGUUUAAAUCUACUAAAAGCCUACUUUAUCAUUUACUGAAAAAUUGAAGAACACAAUGUCGGAGAGCGAAUCGUCUUAAGCCAUCUCUAAUUUAGAUGUAAAUUUGUAGAUUAAAUUGAUGGAGUCUACGGUAAUAAUGAGCUCUUCAUGGAAACAAAAUUUAAGUGAAUUGAAGGAGCAAGUGCACUUUGGGGCUUUUCAUCUUCAGUAAGGUCUCAUUUUCAAGCUUUAAUAGAUAUAAAAAUGUAUUUUAUUGACAUCGUUGCUCCGUGCUACUGGUUCAGAGCCUUUAUCCAGCGACUAAAGAGAGAAAUCAGAACGUUAUCUAUUAUAUUUGCUUUUCAUAAUAAGUGCUGUAGUCGCCUGAGGAUUAGAAAUACAUUUGCAAUUUACUGACAAUGACUUUGUUGUGCCCUUUUAUAUAAAAGCUUUUUAGCUCUUUUCAUAAGCUCAGUUUGUUUCCACAAGAGGUUUUAUUAUUCAUGCAAAUUUAUUUUUUUCAAUUUCACAGUACCGGAAAAUAUCAAGAAUCUAGAACACCUCUUUUGUUCCCUUAAAAGUUUAUUUACCUAGUGAUCUUGAAGGUUUUUAUUGAAAUGCUUCCUCUAUUAAAAGGCUCUUUGUCAGAACAAAGACUUCAUAAUAACCUCGUCUCCAGGGUGAGGCGACUGGAAGCUUAGGUUAACGGUACGCAGAAGGAGUCCAAAACAGUUAGACUGAACCUUAACUUAAGUGUUAAUUACAUCUCGAUGAAAAAUGUUAAAAAGUUUAAUGGGAUUUUACUGAAAUUACCAAAACAAAAAGUGAUUACUUUCCGUAGGUCAAAAAAGAAAUGAGAGAAAAAGGCAUCGAUAGAAGCCAGGCAAUGGACUUAGUUCGCCUUCAGAGACUUAUAGAUGUGUGUGAUACUAAAGAAAACACAGCACUCUACCUACUGCAGGAUUGGAAUUAUGAACCUCAGGUGCCGUAAGACCGUUGCCAUAGAGAAGAGAUGAAUAUUAACGUAGAUGCCUCCCUCACGUAAAGUCUUGAUCUUCCGUUGCACCUCAUCACAGCUUUAUUUCCCAAUUUUUAACCUAAGAAACAGCCAGUAAUUCUUUGCAUUUAAAAGCCUGCAGCUUUUAAGCAAGAGAAAAUUUCAUCCCCUUGUUAAUUUAUGUCAUAUUCUUGAGAGCUACUUAAUUUCCCCAUUUUCAUCUCCGUCGCUUCCGUGAUUAGAAGUGAUAACAUCAACUCAAUUCACGCGUUAUUGAAAAGUUAAAAGAAAGGCAACAGGAAAUUUCUUGUUGACCAAUAAACAUUAGCGCACAAAACCAAUUAUCCAGAGGAAAACGAAACGGCCAGUGAAUUGAUCUUUGAACAAACAAGAUGUAAUCAGCAGUUCUCCAUUCCAUCCACUCUAAAUUUCCUCAUAAACUAGUCAGUUAUGUUCUAGAGAACUUUGCGUUUGUUCAAUACAUCUUUCAGUAGAUAAGUGUCUUUAUAGUAUGUGAAAAAUUCUCCUUUAUCUCGUCAUUUAUUCAAUUUUAUGCAGGUUUGCAGAUUUCUUAGGCUUCUGUGCAGUUCUGGGGUGAAUUUGAAAGAUGUGGUAGAUUUCCUUCACAAUACACCAUUACACAUAGCUGCUACGAAGAACUUCAUUUCCCUCGCCAAGUUUUUGAUUGACAGCUAUCCUUACAUGCUCAUGGCCAUAAACGGACAGAGCGAGCUGCCAGUUGAGACUGCAAUAAGACACAGUCAGGAUGACGUGGCAGCAUUCCUUAUAAGGAGAAUGGAUCAUAGGAGGUUAGCGAGUUUUUGUUGUUGUUUCGUGCAAAACGGGCGUCAACUUCAUAAAAGAUUUUUUGAGUUUGAAAAGAAUAAAGGAAAAGGAUGGUCGAUGAUGGAGAAAAUUCAUUUGUAACUCAUGUAACGACACAAUUCAUUUCAUGCCUUUUUGUUAACGACGUUAGCUUUAACCCUAAGUAAUGCAUGGUACGGCUUGUUUAUUCCCUAUUUUCAGAGUCAGAAACUUGUUCAAAGCCAAGAAGGAAAGAAAAGCUGCAAUAAGUUUGGUGAAACUAACCGAAGAGUUUAGGAUGCAGGUAAUUAAUUUGUGAUUAUCAAAGAAGGAGGUUUGCCUGUCUCGGAUGUCUUACAUGAGCCAAAAGUUUUACUUUAAUGCAAAAACGUCAAAGAAAAGAGCCUCCUAUAUGCUCCCUAGAAACCUUCCCUAGUGACAGCCAUGCUUUAAUGUAGUUCCUUUUUAAUUCCCUAAGAAAACAAUCUUAGCUGUUUUAGACUGUCUUAUUUCACCCCGAUGGCCACACCCACCCUGUUUACCGUCUGACAUUGUGCCAUGUCUGUCAUGGGAACAUCUACACGACAAACCUACUCACUUUCACGUGACCUAUGAUAUCCUGGAAAGUGACGUCAAUGGGAGAUUCCCGGAUGAUCCAGACUACGAAUACACACCAAAGUCUUUUUAUUAUAACUUGACAAAGCACUUCCAACAGGAUCUAAACAAGGUAAAUUUUGAUAUUUAUUCAUAUGCCUGUUCAUGAUAUACGACUAAUGCAAUAAUAUAAUAAGAUUUAAUGGUCCUAUUGCUCAAAUUUCAGCUUUACAGACCGAAACAUUUAUAACAGAAACGUGCUUAAAUUUACCGCAUAGUUUUAUAGAAUCAGCGUUCGUUAAAUAUUUCUUCUAGACCUUAAAACGGUCAAUAAAGGCACAAGAUAACGAGCUUGGCUGUGAACGAUUGAAAUUUUGGGUUAAGGAAAAGGUGGUUUCACCGGGCCAGCUAAAAAUUCAUGCGAGUAGGCAAAUCUCUGGGAGAGAAACUCAUCUAUCCUCUAAUUUCAAAUUAACGACCUCUACUCUAUUUUCCCACAGGAAAUUUUAAAUCACGUUGUAAUCAAGUUGCUUACGGAACGAAAGUGGGAAAAGUAUGCCGCGUUUUGGUUCAGGUCUAGUAUCUCAGAUAAUAAAACAUGUUUUGAUUUAUUAUUAAGACCGAUUAUAUAUUCGCUUGUCAUCAAUUAAUAAACAACUAUCUGUUUGUGUGCGGUAAACGCUUAAAACUUUCCCCUACGCUCCCUCCCUUGAAAAAAUCCUGCCUCUUACCCCUCCCUUUGGAAUUUGGAAGUGCUCACAUAAAUUGUAGUGUGAGCGAUAUGUGACCCAUAUGGAAACGUUAGAUGUUACUAUUUGUUACGAAGAUUUGACGCACAUGACGGGUAAGUAACGCUUUAGGAUAAGUUUCACUUAUUUGAAAGCCUGUAGUGGUUUCCGUUUUUAGUAUUGUUAGUGUUUCAAGCAAUUGAAGCAACCGCGUGCGCAUUCAUUAUUAGCGUUUUGGCUCCUCACGAGCCCGUCAUUUGAAAAGGUUGGGUAUUAGGAAGCUUUUUGGAAGCUUUUAGGAAGCUUCCGGGCGGAUAUAUUAGUAAUACGGUUUUCUUUUAAUAUUAUACAUGAACGAUUCAUGUUGCUUCUUCGCAUGUAAAUGAGUUUUGGGUUUACUUCAGGCAUUAAAAACAUUCGUUAAAGACACAAGUGCAAGCUGCAAGCCUGAUUCAGACUGAAUUUCGUGGAUAUUUCAUCACUUAAAUGUGCUUUCCGUUGAUUACAGGGUUAGAUUUGUCAAUUAUUUGGUUUUCCUGGUGGCUCUGUCUGCGUCCUUCAUGAGUGCUGCAACGUCAGACGAUCCGCUGGAUUACAAAAGUGCUCCUGGUAGAAAAAGUCUGGAGAUAUUGUUGAGCUUGAUGACAUUUUGGUUCAUUAUUGAUGAAAUUUCCGAGUUAAAACGGUAAGUUAGCUUGUAUCUGACUUAAUUUGCAUGAAGCUAUAAUAGUUUUUUGUAUCCUCCCUUCGAAAAUGAUUUACCACCUGCUACAGUGGCGUACAUGGAUCAAAAAAUAUCAUCCCUCUCACCCUUAUAUCUUUAGAGAACCACUAGCUUACGUCAAAGACUACUUUAACUACCUGGAUCUGUCUGGAUACUUCUUAAUUGCGGCGACAUUUGUUUUCCGAUAUCCCGGAGGUGAUGCACAAUGGAUCUUUGGUUCUUUGGCAAUAAUGAUAAACUUUGUAGGGAUCUUCAAGUACUCAGUUGGGGACAGGUACGGUCGCAAUAUUCCUUUCAUUACAGCUUUUAUUGCGGGCAUGGGAGUUGGGGGUAGGGCGAGAGCUAAGGGAAAGGAUUCGCUAAAACACAAGUCUUUUUCUCUAUCACCUCUUUUUAAUAUAAUUCUGUGUCCAAUGCACAGUUGUGAGGCCAGUGUAUUGAUUUAUUUUCUUCUUGCCUUUGAAGAUACAUCGGUCUUUACAUAAAAUGCCUUGGCAUGGUCAUCUACAAAGAUAUUCCAAGGUUUCUCGUUGUGUUCACCAUCAUCCUGCUAGCGUUUUCAAUCUCAUUUUACAUUGCACUUAAGGCUGGCGACCACGAUCUCGGAAGGCAAGUAGAGUCUGAAUUUUUUUUUAUCUUUUUAAUAUGUUCAUGAUGGAUCCAUCCAUCCGGAUGAAUCAAAUAAGUAAAUAAAUGAGAAUUCGGAUUAAGCGUUGAACAUCCGCUAAGUGUUUGAUCUUAUCCAUUGUUUUUAAGUUUUCCUGGGUUGUACCCUAUUUCUCAGCUUUUGUUCUGAGCCACCUAUUACAUAACAUGGAGAUAUUUCGAAAAAGGGAAUGGAGGGUCACACUGUCACACCUAGAACAUUUACCGACCCUCAUUCGACUUGACCUCCUCGCUGUGUUUUACUUUGUAACAAAGUUGCCAUAUAACGAACAUCCUGACGUCAUGACACAGAGUAGUGGUGGCACGCCAUCGACUUAUUUGUACAAUUGCCGACGAAUUCCUGGACUUCCCUCUUAGGAUUUUCGUUUUUAUUUUUUACGCAGACGAAAUGUAAACACUAGACUACGUCUCAUGUUUCCCUAGCCACAAUACUUUUGUGGCCGCUUUUUGUGUGUUCUUCAUCAAAACAGAGGAAGCAGAGCACAGUCGAGGCUUCUUAUGUUAUCUAGACGUCACGUAGAUACUUCAGAUCGCGAGUUUUAGUCACCUGAAUGACAUGGUUUGUGCGUAAUUGAAUUCGGAUUAAAUCAUCUCCUAAAGAGCAGUUCACGGCUAACACAAGAACUUCCUUUAGCUACACCCCUGAAUAAACCUCGGCUUAAUUUACAUUUCUUUCUCUUUAAAUUAAGUGCGCUGGGCAGCGAAUUUGCACUAUGUAAAAAUGGUGUAGGAUGUGUGAUGUUGGCUGGUUUGAAAACAUGGCUGGAAGGUUCCUCUGUUGUACGUAGCUUGCCAACUGCUGGGUGAGUUCAGCGACUUUAAGUUUGGAGGCAUUUAAUUCAGUGUUUUUACGUUUGAAAGUGUUGUAAGUUUUGCUUCCACGACAUGGUGAAAUAUCUUGAUACCUUGUGAUCCUUGAGAUGUAAAAAUGUUGAGAUGUUGCCGUAUUUUACUAGCCUGUGUACAGCCACCUCUUCCCGAUUUUCUUUUGGAGGGUGGAAGGGGGGGGAGGGGGGAGGAAUACUUAUUAUUUAGAAUCAUUCGUUUUACAGUCCGACUGUCCUUUUGAAAUCCGCUAUCUACAUCUACAUCAACAUCUUUACUCUUUUCUAUCCUUGAAUGCCAUUGGAACUUUUCUACACGGAACCAAACUCAAUAUAAAUGCUUUUUGAGACAAUAAAUGACUAAAAAACAGGUAAUGCUUGCGCUGUUGUUGCUUUUGAAUUUAUUCAAAGCCAUCGGUGUUGACGGUGCAUCCUUAUUUUUUUUACUUACUCAAAGCAAGUCUGAGCCAGUGGUUGGGAUGCAAUUAAACUGUUCUCCAUCUUUUUUCCAUAUAUGAAAAGAAAAGGUCUAACGGAAAGAAAAAAACUCUUCCGUCUUCCCUGUGUUCAGCUUUUUCGUUAUUAACACACUUGAUAUCUAAUAUUGCUUCUCUUUUUAGAUACAGUUGGCUUGGGGCAUUACUGGCAAUAUUUUUCAUGAUGAGUGUCGUCAUUAUUCUUCUGAACGUGCUGAUCGCUCAGCUCUCGUUGACGUAUGAGAUGGUUCAAGAGGAGUCGCUUCUUUCUUUCUCUGUGCUACGAAUGCAGUCUGUGGCGACUAUUGAGUGGCAGAGCCGCUUUAAAUACUGGGUGGGUACAUAGAAAAGAGUAUUCACCUAUAUUUUUGGUCAAAUAUGUGCUUUGCUGAAUCUUGGCUUGAAAUAAAAAUGUGUUUAAACGAAUUUCUUGCAGAAUCUCAGAAAGAAGUAUUACGUACCCGGGGAAAUCAAGAGCAGAGAGGAAGUCGAAGGUAAAGUGUAUUAAGAUGAUAAGGCAUUUCUUAUCAUACUGUGAAAAUAAGGAAAUCUAGAGAGAGGCUUCAAAAGUGACGGGCCACUGGGUGCGUAAGAACUAACGCGGUUUUGUAACUUUCUACAGAAAUGAUGAAACAGUAUCGGGAAAGCACGAAUCCGACAUCACCCACGGCCUAUGAAAAGUGGCACGUUCAAGAGCCGAGCAAAGUCCACGUUUUUUAUGAAGGCCCUAUUGAACAUAAAAAUCUCUUCACUCCAGUACUAAAAGAAACCGGAUCACUCCGACAUUAAUUAGUAACUCGACUAUUAUUUUUUCAGAAUUUUUCUGUAGAGAGGCGAAGAUCAUCCAUGCAGGGAAGGUUUUAAUUAGUCUAGCUCUGCGCUUGGAAAAUAAUCGUGCUAAUCUCUUGUCCAAUCCUCGGAAGUGCAUUUCUUUAAGUUGAACUUUUGCGAUGGUUUUCUGUCAUAUUAACUUUAGUCUCGACUGGCACUUUGUUUUUGUCAGUUAACGUCACCUACUUGAGAAGCGCCAACGGGCUAAAAAGUUAAAAAAAUUUCUGGAGGGAAAUAAUACUUAAUAAUUAUAAUCAUCUCAGUAAUGGUUUAAAGGGCCUGACUUAAAAUAAUCGGUCCUUUUUUACCGAACCAGCAAAGGCGGCCCAAGUUCCAGCUGUGAGAUGAUCAUCCUGCAAAAUAAGAGUUAUGGCGAAAAUACAAGAGUUUGUAAAGGAAUAUUUACGAC